AUGAAAAUCCCAAUUGUUAUCUCAAAUAGACAAAAAGAUAAUCCAAUGAUUGAACUACUUAAAGGAAUUCCUUGUAAUUGGAUUGAAGAUGACUGUGCUGACUAUAUUGUGGGUUCCGAUAUUGGAGUAUUGUUUUUAUCAUUAAAAUUUCAUAGACAAUAUCCAAGAUAUUUAGAAGAAAGAGUUAAAAAAUUCCAAGGUAACUUUAAAUCAAGAGUUCUUUUAACAUUAGUUGAUGUCGAAGAUCCAGAUCUCGCGAUUUCAAAGUUAACAAGGACUGCUCAAGGAAGCUAUAUGACUCUUGUUCUAGCAUUCAAAUAUGAUGAAGUUGCACGCUGGUUGAUUAGCAUGUAUAACACUCAAGAUGCAAUUUCAGAUGAACUUAAAGCAUCUAAUGAAACACCUUUUGAAACAGGCGUUAAUUGUUUGCAUGCAUUGGGAUUAUCUCGCAGAGAAGCAGAAGAACUUUUAACAACUUAUGGCUCAAUCUAUAAAUGCUUAACGACUUCAAAGGAAGAGAUCAUGAAAACAACAUCUCUUAGUGCAAAAAAGGUUGACAUGAUUUAUGAAGCUAUAAGAUCACAAUUUUAA